GUUAGCCCAUUGAAUAUAGUGGACAUACAGGUGAAGUAUGGUGGCGGCAAUUGGAUUUACGACUUGCAUCUUGGGCGUGAAGUGUAGCAAGGUGAAGAUACAGACUUUUGUUUAUAUCAGACGAGACGAGGCACUGCCUGUCACUGGAAUCACCGGAACAGUAUCUUGUUCACGAAUUCUGAGUUGUACACGAACAUGUGACAUCGUGAGAUCCGUAGCGUUGAUGACCAGAAUAGCAUUCACGUCAGCAUCAGCGGAAGCUAUCCAACGCCUGGCGGCUGUAUCUCCUGUGUGGGUUAUAAGUGUAUUACUCAGUCCUGAUCUCACCACCAUUUUUCACCUUCACAAGUGCAAUCGAACAGUAUUAUGUCAAACUCACCCGAGCCUCCUCCACCGUUGACUGAGAAGCUGACUGUCAAGAAAGUGUUAACAUCCAUCGGCGCUGGUAUCUUUGUCCUUUCUAAUAUCAUCAAUAGUAUCUGCAUUGCAGUCAUUUUCACCUAUCUUGGCUCAACCAUUCCAGUACUGGGACCAUAUGCCCGCUAUGUUGCUGUCUAUACGCUCGGAGUGAGGACCGUCUUUCUCACAUGCGCGUUUCUUGUCGGAUGCUAUUGGUGCUGUCUUCGACUGGUGACACCGAAGCAGGCUGGAAGCAGUAUUUCCGAGUGGUGUUCGAAAGCGAUAGCACACUCGUGGAAUUUCUUGAAUCCAAGCAAUGGAAAGCUAGGCAGGGCGGGGAGAACAUGUUUUGCCAUUAUGGGCGUACAUUACACUUUUAACGGCUUGCGUGAUUGCUUCUACCCACCGAAAGUACCCCAGUUCGGGAGGGUACCAGCCUGUCAUUGGUGUCAUUUUCCUCAUCAAUGGCGCCAGUUUCAUCCGAGUUGCCUACGUAGGAAGGGUGUCAAUAAAGAAGGACGCCAGAGGCGAGAAUAUGACAGUGGGCAAUAAUGACAGUCAGCCUGAAUCGGAUGAGGUUACUCCAGUAGG